GCUGAGUUUAUUGGUGCAGCAUUUGUCCCCGAGACAGAACCGCUGUCACCUUCUUCCCUGACUGCGCUUGACCGAGUCCCACCGCCACCAUCAUGCCCCGGGGAAGCCGCAGCGCAGCCGCCCGGCCAGCCAGCCGCACCGCCGCGCCCUCGGUUCAUCCGCCCGCACACCCACCGCCCUCUGCUGCUGCACCGACCCCCACCCCGUCAGGCCAGCCCGGCCUGAUGGCGCAGAUGGCGUCCACGGCCGCCGGGGUGGCUGUGGGCUCGGCUGUGGGACACGUCGUGGGUAGCGCCCUGACCGGAGCCUUCAGCGGGGGUAGCUCAGAGCCUGCCCAGCCUGCCACUCAGCAGGCCCCCACACGCACUGGCCCCCAGCCCCUGCAGAUGGGGCCCUGCGCCUACGAGAUCAAGCAGUUCCUGGACUGCUCUACCACUCAGAGUGACCUGUCCCUGUGUGAGGGCUUCAGUGAGGCCCUGAAGCAGUGCAAGUACAACCACGGUCUGAGCUCGCUGCCCUGAAGAGACUGGUGUCAACAGGUACAGAUCCAUGAGCCAACCCUGCAAUCACCUUCACCCCUUCACUGACAGCCAGACCACUAUGGCAGAUUGUACCCAAGUAUUGGGGUUGGGAGUGAAGAGGGAGUUUCUCACCUCGCAGAUGACCUGAGACGCAAAUGUGCAAUUAAAAGAGUUUAUUUUUAGACCAUA